UCCAUACGAUAAAAUGUUAAUUUAUUUUCUAAAUUUCUAGUUUAUAAAUUGAAUAGCUGUCCUUAUUAAAUUUUUUUUUAAAUAUAUUAACUACGGGUUUACAGUAAUACGCUUAAUUUAAAAAUAAAUGGUUUACUCAUGCAUUUCUCACAUUCAUGACUGUUUCCUUAUAUAUUAUAUGUUUUUAUUUAGAUGUAAUGUUGAAUGAUCUCAUUAACAAAUAAACCAUAAAAGAAAAUUAUAUAUUACACUCAGAGUCCGCAAUGAUUUCAAAAUCUUAUCAGCUUAUCGUUUAAAUAAGAUAAUUGUGGCAUUUGUUGAUAUACCGCGUAAUGUAAGAUUUCCUCCACUUCUACACUACUACUACACUUAGCAUAACGGCCUAUGGCACUUUGUGUAAAUUCAAUGCCAACAAACAAACAACUAAAUACAAUAAAUGUCAUCCAUCACCGUCGUCCAUUAAAUAAUUAAUUGCAAAAAAUCAUUGUGAACCUUAAAAUUACUCACUUAGUUGUGUGCAUUCGUGUUUGGAGCGUGUGAGUGAACGUUUGUGCAAAUCAUAGGUGCGUCCAGCCGGCAAAGAGCGCUGGUUCUAUAGAAAGCGUAGAAAGUGCACGCCAGUUGCAUAGUGAAAUUAGUGAUAUGUGCACAUGCAACAAAAAACUAGGUGAAUAAUUGAAAAUUCAUUAAAUAUUAAAAAACUACGAAUCAAUUGAGAGAGUCGCGAACGUUUCGCAAUGGCAUCAAUGAGAAUUACUAAUCAAAACUACGACAACCUAGCAGCACUUCCAAUGCCGGUUUGCCGAGACAACUCGCAUUUUCAAUGUGCUAUUUUAUUGUCUUAUUUUCGUCGUUUAAACGAUGUUUGUGUUGUUUAUGCAACAAUGCGACGUUGACGCGACGCGUGUCUGUGUUGGCGCGGAAUCAUCAGGUGUUUUUCAUUACUCAGUUGCCGGUUUGACGUUCUUGCUGGCGCAUUGCAAUUUGGCGCGCUGUUCACUUUUUUGCUUGGUUCUUGUAACAUAUGAUUUAUGGUUGUUGUACUGCAUAGUUAUUCAAAAUCGAUAAAUUGUAAUGAAUUGAAAGUGAGGAAUGCAAAUUUUUUCAGAAAUUGCAUUGCAAUAAAGAAAAUUUUGUGUAAAUUAGUGCGCUUUCGCAGACGUGAAUGUUACGUAUACGCAAUGUACAUAAGUCCGCUGUUUACAGUUGGCCAUGGCACCGUCUAGCAAAAGUGAAGUGAAAGCAAAUUUUAAUUUUAGCUAACCUCGAAUAAUAUAAAUAUAUUUGUUUAUCUGGUGACUAAAAACACACAAGACACAUACAAGCCUUAAAAAUAAAGUCUUAUUUAAUUAACUUCCGUGUUAUCUUUUCGUUAUAAAAAACAAUGAAAUAUAAAUUUUAUGAAAUAAAUGAGAUUGCGAGUGUUCAGCAACACAUGUUGAUAGCCUUAAAACGCUUAAUGUAGUUUAUCAAAUUGUUAAUAAAAGUAAGAAGAAAGCAUUACAAACGUGAAGCCGAUGGAAAUAUUAACAACAGGUUCUUUGAGGUGUUAUGAAUUAUUGUGAUUUUUUAGUUCUCCGAAAAAUUAACUACUGAGUUAACAAGUAAAAUUAUACAAUUGUCAUUUAUGUAUUAAUUAAAACUGUGUGAAAUUUAAGUAAUCGUUGAAGUUGAUUGUUUAAUGUUUUAAAACAAAUAGAACACAAUAAGAGUGUUCUUUCAGGGUAACUAAUUGAGUUCUGUACUGGACAACAGUUAUAUGGAAUUCGUUAAACCAAACAAUCAGCGCAAGAAGGAUAAUUGACAGCGCAAUUUGAUUUUUUUUUUCAAUGAGAAGCUGAAGGUUUCUUUCUGGCAGAAAAAUUGGUGCUCGUAGACGACUAAUUAAAAUAUUGCCAACGUAAAAUUAAGUGAUUUUCCAUAGUUUUUCUACUUUCACUAAUUGAUAAUAUUCACGAAAUCGUUUGCACAUACAUACUUAUUUUCUGGGCGACCUCGUCAUGAGAUAAUCACAAAUUAUUAUCCAAACUGUUCAAAUCUCCAGAGAAUGGAUAAAAAAAUAAACACAACUGACAGUCUGUCAGCUGUUUGCGAAUUUCUGUUCAUUGAACAGAAGGUUGUUCAUGUUCAGAAACUGCUUUCGGUGUUACUCAUCGUGUUACGAAGGUCUAUUUUUAUACCCUGUACGGGUUAUAUUAGGUUUGUCACGAUAUUUGUAACAACCAGACGGAAGUGUCGCAGACCCUAUAUAGUUUAUAUUGUAUGAAGAAAUUUUGUACACGCCGAUACAAACUGAACGAUCAGAAUCAAGUUAUUGUAUAGACAACUGUUUAAUUUGAUAAUUGUGCAAGACAACGCUUUAAUCUGCGAAUAUAUUGUACAGAUCGGACUACUAAUGCAUACAUGGCUGUCCGAUAAAGAUUUUUCUAUACGCUUUUAUACUAUAAGAACUGCACUUGUGAAGAGUAAUAAAUCUCGAUGCAGCUGAAGUUAACGUAUUUUCUUGUUUUACUACACACUAGCUUCCCAUAUAUCACAGUGUACGUAAAAUCAUAAACUAGUUGUGACUAAUAACAUUUCACAUGCUUUAAAUAGACGGAUGCAAGUGGCUUAAAAGAUAAAGUCACAAUAUUUUGUAGUAUAAUACUUCAAGCACGGUGGACUAGCGCUUCAGUUAUCUUCAGUUUCGCGACUACACACUGAUUUACACCUACUCACGUGCUAUACUCUUAUAACCCUAGGUAUAGUUGCUAGAUAAAUGAUUAAUUCACAAACAGUGUCAUAUUUGGCGUCAUUUUCAAAGCAAAUUACUUUAAUAAUAGAUAAUAGAAAUUAAUAUUUUAUUACUUUUUUAAUGCGGCGUAAUCAAAAAACGCUUAGAAAAUAAGUAUUUAAUCUUUCAUUUAGACGGAGAUAAAAAUAUAUGCCUGUGUGUGUAUAUAAGCACCUCUACCAUAUAUAGUAUAUAUUUGUUUAAUUUACUCGGUAUUAGAAUCAGACAACAUUGAAACAAUUUUCGUUGUUGUUAUUAAAAAAACUGCUAUUUGCCAAUAGAUAACUAGCCGCACGCCUGAAGGAAGGUAGUAUAUUAAAUUUAUACCAGUGAGCGUGAUCUAAAGUCAGUUGGUAAAUACAAACACGACGCGCCUCGGCAUUGUCUGACUUUACGGUCGACGUUGACUGUCAUUAUUGUACGUGCAAACAUACUUAGUUAUUGAAUGAAUUUAUAAUAGCACUUCACUCGAGCAAUUCAAUUGAUAAACGAGCUAUCAGCAAGCAUCGCGCACAUAAAUACAAAUUACAUUGUGGAAGUAGCGCCAAAGGUACGGUCAAUUGGUCACGCCACGUCACGUUAAUGCCAUGGAUACUUUCUAUGCGGUUUUAUCUUACUUUGCGACAACUUAGUGGUGUCAUCGUACAAUAAACCCCCAAUCAAUUCUCGGCUACUUACAAUUGAUACUUCCUUUGUGAACGUGUGACCAAUAAAAUUCGCCAUCACGACGCAGUACGCAUUUUUAACCGUUAAACACAUUAUUUGUGUCUACAAGGUGAAGAAAAAAUUCAGCGAACCAGUGAACAAUACGUAGAAUACACGCGACCACAAGCAUUCAGCAUAGAGAAGAAACAACCAACGUCGAGUCACCACUAGCCAUAGCCGCAUACGCCGUGUAGUACCAUUUGACACUGCAACGACGCUCUAACACACACAAAUCCGCAUAUAUAAGCGCCUACACAUACACACACACACAGACAAGAUGCCAGUGCAGUCUCCUAUUGCAAUCAGCAAUCGCGCUAUUGAACAUAUCGACGAUGUUGAUCCGCUGGAAUAUCAUGGCCAUUGGGAGCCAGUGGGCAUAGCACGCGUCCAAAAUACCGGCACCUCGGCGAUGGUGACAUUCGCCAAACGCCAACAACAGCCGUACAUUAAGGGUGGUUGCUUGCAUGACAACAAAUAUAUAUUUGAGCAGCUACAUUUCCAUUGGGCGGACACGGACGAGUCGGGCUGUGAGCACACGCUGGAGGGUGUUAAAUACUCGAUGGAGGCGCAUGCCGUACACUACAAUGCCAAGUAUAACAAUUUUGCUGAGGCCAAGAAUAAACCAGACGGUUUGGCGGUGGUGGCUUUCUUUAUACAGGCAUGCGGUGGCAAAGAUUGUCCAGAGUUCAAGAAGAUCACUGAAGGCAUACGCAUCGUACAGAAGAUAAAUACGAACGCUUCGCUGGAUUCGGAUUGCUUGUCCUGGAUUGGUUUGCAGGAGCUAAGCAAACAUUAUUACACAUACAAGGGCUCGUUGACGACAGCGCCGUACUUUGAGAGCGUCACUUGGAUCAUCUAUCGUACGCCGAUAUACGUCUCCAAGGGGCAGGUGCAAGUAUUUCGCGAUUUACAAUCAUGUCCGAAGGAUGAAAGCAAGAAGAUAGUGAACAAUUAUCGCGAAAUUCAACAGCCACAUAAAGAUCCGGAAAUCUACUUCGCGCGCAAUGCCAAACCAAAGUCGAAAUUAUGAUCUGUUGCUGGGCAGCAAGAUUAGAUGGACAAACAUGAACACACGCAUCUUUACGUAUUUAUCAAAAAACCGACAAAGCAGAAGGAAUUGAAGUGUUAACUAAAUACAUAGCUUAAAAAGUCACUUCUCACGCAAAUAUAAUUUUACGAUGCAUGCCUUUAGUUGCAGUUAGGUUGGCACUUUCGAUGUACAUUCAACUCACACACACCUAUACAACGCUGUGUGCCUAAAUGUACAACCACCGACGCACUGGACUACACAACACACCUCUGUCACUUAGUCAUAUGUAUUUUAUUAAACACAUUGUUACACACAUACCUACUUAUGGUAUAUACUAUGUACGCAUAUUUGUAAUAAUCACCUCUAUAAGUAAAAGCAAACGUUAAUUCGUGCGGCGAGUAUAUAAAUGCACAAACAGCCAGAGGCAGCCUGCAGUAUGCUUAUGAGUUAUCGUUUAUCGGUUGUUGUAUAACUAAAUUCUUUGUACUAAUAAAUUAUGUGAUUUAUUGUUGCAAGACGA